GUUCGACUUCCCGUUGUUCAAUAUAAACAAACUGUACUUAAGUUGUAAGACAUGUGCAUCAUAAGAACUUCGCUAAAAUAUUGUAAAAAAUCUAAUAAUUUAUUUCAAUUAAAUGUUUAAUAGUAGUUUUUAUUUUGACGAGACGAUUUUUAAGAAAGUGCUUCAGUAUUAUUCUAAAAAUUCAGAAAAUCUUACAAAAAUGAAUCAAGUAUUUUUGAGUUCACGUACAUGUCGGCUGCAGGUAAGAUGUUCACUCUGUAAACGAGUGUUCUGCUGCCUUAAACACAGGCACGAUCACGAGCGCCGGGACCAUGCGAUGGUGUCAGUUACCCCGGUCAUGUUGAUCCGACGCCGAUUUCGAGCCGUAGCUCCUGUCACCAAAAAACUGCAAGCCGCCAGUGUGGCUGCUGUAUUAUCGACCAACAGCCGCAAGAGACACCGAACACCGGUUGACGAGAACGAACGGCCAUCUAUGGUCGACAGUGGUGUCCGUCUGAAAGAAACGCCCGUUCGGCGAAACGUAUUGAGAGCAUAUCGGCCCAGCUUGGCCAGCGUCAAAGAUCUGCUCCUGCGUCCUGUAGCCGAAAGUAGUCCGACAAUCCCGUACACACCUUACACGAGUACUUCGCAAGGAAGUUCUACUGAAAACGUUGAAGGGGCGGCCACUCCCGCCGCUUCACUAGUAGAUAGCCCCAGUUUUUAUCAUACUCCUAUGCAACAAACACCCAAUCAUCCAGUUAUGUCGGACGGAACGCCUGCCAGUCAAAAAGCUAAAAAACGAGUGUCAUUUUGUCCAGAAUCGUCUGCUAAAGGAUUCUUCUGGUCUAAUGUAGCCCGUCGUGUUCGUAUGGCCCUGCGACCGGCAAAGCCAAAAAGCAUAGAGAAGAGUCCUUCGCCAACAAUCAACUGUGUAGAUACCGUUCGGUAUUAUAAUAACAUUCAACCAAGACGUCCCAUUAACGAGGAUGUCAUAUUGCCCGAAGUUGAACCACGGCCACCGUUAGAAGCCAUUAGGAAGGCUCAUGAGGCAGCCGUUAAAGCUACAUUGAGCACUAGUACAGAAUCUUAAUAGUUUGAAAUGGUUUUUUACAAAUUAUAAUUACAUUUUGAAAUUAAUAGGCAUUUUAAAAAAUGUUAAUUAAGAAAAAAUUUAUUUACUUUUUUAAAAUAGUUAAGUUAUAAUAAUUUAUGAUUACUUUAUUUAUUAACAACAAAUUUAUUAUUGUAUAUUGUAUGUUUAAAUGUUAGGUAGUGAAUUAUUUAUAAUGAUUAAGAAGCAAUAAUAUUUUAUGUAUAUGUACAAAUAUUUCAAUUUAAAUUAACUAUUUCAAUGAAAAAAAAUAUACAAUUGAGUACGUCAUAUUUAUAUCGAGAUUUACAAGAUG